AUGAAUCAUAAUACUAUGGAUUCAAAUCGAACUGAACCUGUUACAACAACAAUAUCAUCAUCAUCGAACAAUGAACGACAAGGCUAUCAAUCAAUAACAUUACGUUCAAAUGAUUCUAAACGUUAUUCUUAUUUAUCUAUAUUUCCACCAAAAACAUCAGUAAUAACACCUGGUGUCUAUGAUCAUUUAUUAUUAGCUAAUGUACCAAAUAGUCGACUUGGACCAGAUGAACUACGACGACGUCAACAGGCUUCUUCUACCACAACUGAUGCAUCAGCAUCGAUCAAUUAUGAUCAUGAUCGAGAUCCAUUUUGUUUAUCGUCCAAAGAUGCUAAAGAAUUAUCGACAAGAUUACAAGUAACCGAAUUGGUUAUUAAGAGUAAUGCUGAUCGAUUAAGUUCGAUUUGUUAUCUACUUCUUGGAGUACAUCAAUUAUUUCGAAGAAAAGUACUCGAAAGACCAGAUGUUGCUGUAAAAAAUCCAACUCUCAAUUCUAAACAAAUGUCUAUACUAUUAGAAUUCUUUUUACAAAUCGAUGUCGAUGUAUACUAUAUGAAAACAUGUCGAUUUCGUGGCGCUGAACCUUGUUCAACAACGCAAGGUCUUUUUUGUAACGACGAAUUACCACAAGCAAGAUAUAGUAUGGCUCCAUGUCGUACUAAUGAUUGUCAAUAUUGUCAUUCAAUGGAAAAUCAAAAUCAAAAUUCAUCAAGGUCAGCGGCGAUUGAUUUCGAAAAUAGUUCACAACAUCGUUUCGUCAAUGGUUAUACUACAUAUUUGAAUUGUCCAGCAACAUGUACAACAUCGAAUAUUGUCUAUGUUAUGACAUGUCCUUGUGGUCAAUAUGAAUUGAUGGAUUCAACAUCUGGUACAUUAGUUGAUGCUUUACGUCAUCAUCGAUUGGUAUGCAAUCAAAUGAUACAUAGUUAUUUAACGGGUUCAGCACUCCAUCAUCAAAUGAUGACAACAUCAGAACAAUAUCAACAUUAUAUCAUGAGAGAAAUGCGUCUCUAUGAACAUUCAGCUCAUUGUCCAGUGGCACUUCAACUAUUUCUUGAUCGUAAUCCAAGUUAUUGGUGUUUUAUUCCAAUGUUAGAAGAUGAAACGCACAGAGAAGAUGAUCUCUAUGCAAGAAUUAUUGGAGCUACUCGUUCAGAAAUCAUCUUGAUGCUAGCAGUAGAUACAGAACAUCAACGAAAAAUAGUAGACCUUUUAUGUCAUGUACCCUUAUCAGCAACACGAAGUAAAUUCUCAUGCGUACAAAAACAUGAACAACGACUAUUUUUUGAUCGUUUUCUUACAAGUCUUGCUGAUGAAUUACCAUACAUAGAAACUGAUUUGUAUCAAAUGAAAAUUAUUGCCGUUUUACCCACUGAUGAAUCAAUCAUCUUACGAUACCUUAUUGAAACAUUAUUUAUUAUUCAUUGUGAAACGAAAUUAAACAUGAUAUGUCCAACUGACAUUGAUCCUAAGCGACCUUAUGGUCUACCCUAUGAUCCUCAAUGGAAGUCACAAAUGCCGCGUCCAACACUAAGAAGUACAGAAUUUAUUCUUUCAAUAAUUGAAAAGAUAAAAGAACUCAAUCGUCGUCCAGCCAACAAUCCUGAAUAA